ACUCCUGGACCAUGCACCCCUGCGUCUCCCUGCUCGGCCACAGGCAAGGACUCAAUUUCUUGAGCUGAGAGCUAAAACGUGGUGACUUUUCUUCUCCCCGACAACUGAAUCAUGCCAUGUGCCCAGAGGAGCUGGCUUGCAACCUUCUCGGUGGUGGCUCAGCUUCUGAACUUGGGGGGCCUAUGCCUUGGGACAUACCCUCAGCCAGACCAGGUGCGCUUCCGCUUCCGGGACAGCAGGCAAGAGCAUGUCCUCAAGGCCCUGCCCGAAUACCACGUGGUGGCCCCUGUCCAAGUAGAUGCCAGCGGUCACUUUCUGUCCUAUGGCUUGCACCACCCCUUCACCAGCAGCAGGAGGAAGAGAGACUUGGAUGGCUCAGAGGACCGAGUGUACUACAGAAUUUCACAUGAGGAGGAGGACCUGUUUUUUAACUUGACGGUCAAUCGGGGAUUUCUUUCCAAAAGCUACUUCGUGGAGAGGAGAUACGGGAACCUCUCUCAUGUUAAGAUGGUGGCUUCCUCGGGCCCCCCCUGCCAUCUCAGGGGCACGGUUCUGCAGCAGGGCACCAGAAUCGGCACUGCAGCCCUCAGUUCCUGCCAUGGACUGACUGGAUUUUUCCAUCUACCACAUGGAGACUUUUUUAUUGAGCCUGUCCAAAAGCAUCCCCUGGCUGAGGGAGAGUACCACCCACACAUCGUUUACAGGAGGCAGAGGCAGAGAGUUCCAGACGUGAAGGAGCCAACCUGUGGAUUAAAGGACAGCCUUGGCGCUUCCCAGAAGCUAGAGUUACAGCGAGAGAAGUGGGAGAGGAAGACCUUGCCAAGCAGAAGCCUCUCCCGGCGUUCCAUCAGCAAAGAGAGGUGGGUGGAGACGCUGGUUGUGGCUGACACGAAGAUGAUUGAGUAUCAUGGGAGCGAGAACGUGGAGUCCUAUAUCCUCACCAUCAUGAACAUGGUCACUGGGUUGUUCCAUAACCCAAGCAUUGGCAAUGCAAUUCACAUUGUUGUGGUUCGGCUCAUUCUACUUGAAGAAGAAGAGCAAGGAUUGAAAAUAGUGCACCAUGCAGAGAAGACACUGUCCAGCUUCUGUAAGUGGCAGAAGAGCAUCAAUCCCAAGAGUGACCUCAAUCCUGCCCAUCACGAUGUGGCCGUCCUUCUCACCAGAAAAGACAUCUGUGCUGGCGUCAAUCGCCCCUGUGAGACCCUGGGUCUGUCUCACCUGUCAGGAAUGUGCCAGCCUCACCGCAGUUGUAACAUCAAUGAAGACUCCGGCCUCCCUCUGGCUUUCACGAUCGCCCAUGAGCUCGGACACAGCUUUGGCAUCCAGCACGACGGGAAAGAAAAUGACUGUGAGCCCGUGGGCAGGCACCCAUACAUCAUGUCGCGCCAGCUCCAGUACAAUCCCACCCCGCUGACGUGGUCCAAGUGCAGCAAGGAGUACAUCACCCGCUUCCUGGACCGAGGUUGGGGGUUCUGUCUUGAUGACAUCCCCCAAAAGAAAGGCUUGAAGUCCAAGGUCAUUGCCCCUGGAGUGAUCUAUGAUGUUCACCACCAAUGCCAGCUGCAGUAUGGCCCCAAUGCUACCUUCUGCCAGGAAGUAGAAAAUGUUUGUCAGACACUGUGGUGCUCGGUGAAAGGUUUUUGUCGCUCAAAGCUGGACGCUGCUGCAGAUGGGACACGAUGUGGUGAGAAGAAGUGGUGUAUGGCUGGCAAGUGUAUCACUGUCGGGAAGAAACCAGAGAGCAUUCCCGGAGGCUGGGGCCGCUGGUCACCCUGGUCUCACUGCUCUCGGACCUGUGGGGCCGGAGCCCAGAGUGCAGAGAGGCUCUGCAACAACCCUGAACCAAAGUUUGGAGGGAAGUACUGCACUGGAGAAAGAAAACGCUAUCGCUUAUGCAACGUCCACCCCUGCCGCCCAGAGGCACCAACAUUUCGGCAGAUGCAGUGCAGUGAAUUUGACACUGUUCCCUACAAGAAUGAAUUCUACAACUGGUUUCCAGUUUUUAAUCCAGCACACCCCUGUGAGCUCUACUGCCGACCCAUAGAUGGCCAGUUUUCCGAGAAAAUGCUGGAUGCUGUCAUUGAUGGAACCCCUUGCUUUGAAGGCGGCAACAGCAGAAAUGUCUGUAUUAAUGGCAUAUGUAAGAGGGUUGGCUGUGACUAUGAGAUCGAUUCCAACGCCACAGAGGAUCGCUGCGGAGUGUGCCUUGGGGACGGCUCUGCCUGCCAGACCGUGAGAAAGAUGUUUAAACAGAAAGAAGGAUCUGGUUAUGUUGACAUCGGACUGAUUCCAAAAGGAGCAAGGGACAUACGGGUAAUGGAGGUGGAGGGAGCUGGAAAUUUUCUGGCCAUCAGGAGUGAAGACCCUGAAAAAUAUUACCUCAAUGGAGGAUUUAUUAUCCAGUGGAAUGGGAACUACAAGCUGGCAGGGACCAUCUUUCAAUAUGACAGGAAAGGAGACCUGGAGAAACUGAUGGCUACAGGUCCCACCAAUGAGUCGGUGUGGAUCCAGCUUCUAUUCCAGGUGACUAACCCUGGGAUCAAGUAUGAGUACACAAUCCGGAAAGAUGGCCUUGACAAUGACGUGGAGAAGCUGGUAUACUUCUGGCAGUAUGGCCGCUGGACAGAGUGCAGUGUGACAUGUGGAACAGGUAUCCGCCGCCAGACUGUCCAUUGCAUGAAGAAGGGCCAUGGGAUGGUGAAAGCUACGUUCUGUGACCCAGAGACCCAGCCCAAUGGGAGACAGAAGAAGUGCCAUGAAAAGGAUUGUCCACCCAGGUGGUGGGCAGGGGAGUGGGAAACAUGUUCGGCAACUUGUGGGCCCCACGGAGAGAAGAAGCGAACGGUGCUGUGCAUCCAGACCAUGGGCUCUGAUGAGCAAGCUCUCCCGGCUAAAGACUGUCAGCACCUGCUGAAGCCCAAGAGUCUCCUUUCCUGUAACAGAGACAUCUUGUGUCCAUCGGACUGGACAGUAGGCAACUGGAGUGAGUGUUCUGUGUCCUGUGGUGGCGGAGUGCGGAUUCGCAGUGUCACGUGUGCCAAGAACAAUGAUGAGCCUUGUGAUGUGACGAGGAAACCCAACAGCCGAGCUCUCUGUGGCCUCCAGCAAUGCCCGUCUAACCGGCGAGUUCUGAGACCCCCCAAAGGCAUGAUUUCCCAUGGGAAAAAAUUACCUACAUCUGAGCAAGACCACUUGAAACCAACGACACCCAAUCCCAGAAUGCUGACCAUACCCAUGGUUCCUGAGCCUGUGAGCACAAGUUCUCUGGCACUCAGCAGCCCUAGUCCUACCACAGCCUCCGAAGAAGGAGACCUAGGUGGGAAAUGGUGGCAGGAUAGUUCAACCCAGACUGAACUGGACUCCCAUGAUGUCAUUUCCUCUGGAAGUACUUCCCAGCCCACCCUCACUUCCUGGUCUCUGAGUAUCCAGCCCAAUGAAGAGAAUGUUUCCAAAUCGGCCCCUGGUCCUACCUCAGAGGGAAACCUUUUAGCCACAACAAUGAGUGGUUCUCAUUUGUCAUCUUCCAGCAACCCUGUGACUUGGCACCUGACUCCAUUUUAUACUUUGACCAAAGAGCCAGAAAUGGAUCUUCACAGUGGCUCAGGAGAAGACAGUGAACAACCUGAAAACAAAAAUGAAAACAGCUCUAUAAUAUGGACCAAGACCAGGGGACAUGAAAAUGAUGCUUCAGUGGAAAGAAGUACAGAAAUGCCACUUGGACCUCUGCCAACACCUUAUCUUUGGGGGAUUUCCUUGCGGUCACCUUUCAGCACAGUGGCAGAAGGACUGCUACCCACCCAAAGGCCCACUAUUCUCAAAAAUGGUACACCCAGAGCCGAGGGGAUGGUCACUGAAAAGCCAGCUAACACUCCACUCCCUUUGGGAGGAGACCAUCUGCCAGCACCCUCAGAAAAGCUGAUAAACCACAACCUCCCAGAACUUUCAAGCAACAUGAAUCUAACACAUACUUCUAGACCAGUCCUGACUGAGGAAGAUGCAACAAGUCUGAUUGCUGAGGGGUUUUUGCUGAAUGCCUCCCAUUACAAGGAGCUGUCAACGGGCCACAGCACGGCGCGCUGGAUUGUUGGAAACUGGAGUGAGUGCUCCACCACCUGUGGGCUCGGGGCCUACUGGCGCCAUGUGGAGUGCAGCACCCAGGUGGAUUCCGACUGUGCUGCCAUUCGGAGGCCUGACCCCACGAAGAGAUGCCACCUCCGCCCGUGUGCCAGAUGGAAAGUGGGAAACUGGAGCAAGUGCUCCAGGAACUGCAGCGGGGGCUUCCAGAUCCGGGAGAUUGAGUGUGUGGACAGCAAGAACCACCGGAGCCUGAGGCCGUUUCACUGCCAGUUCCUGGCCGGCGUUACUCCCCCACUGAGUACAAGUUGUAACAUGGAGCCCUGCGAGGAGUGGCGUGUGGAGCCCUGGAGCCAGUGUUCCAGGUCCUGUGGAGGUGGGGUCCAGGAGAGGAGAGUGACUUGUCCGAGAGACCUCUGUAAUUGGGUGAAAAGGCCUGCAUCUACUGCCCUCUGCAACAGGCACCCUUGUUGUCACUGGGCCACUGGAAACUGGGACCUGUGCAGCGCUUCCUGUGGAGGUGGCUUUCAGAAGAGGGCUGUCCGUUGUGUCUCCUCAGAGGACAAUCAAUCUGAAGACCAAGACCUAUGCCGAUGUGAUCACGAACCCAAACCUCUGGAAUUCCAAAAAUGCAACCAGCAGGCCUGCAAGAAGAGUGCUGAUGUGCUUUGCAUCAAGGACAACUUAUCAGCCAGUUUCUGCCAGACACUGAAAACCUUUCAAAAAUGUUCUGUGCCUACUGUGCGGGCUCAGUGCUGCUUCUCCUGCUCCCAGACCUAUGUCAGUCAUACCCGAAGGCCAAGAAAGCCACAGUUGCUCAAAACCCCCAAAGCAUUCUAAGUCCAGGAGGAAGCCACCCGCCACCAUAGACUGCCACAGCCUGCUGACAGUGACCUGUCCUAGCCCCACGGACCACUUCAUGGUUUCACACUGUGCAUUUCAGGUCCAACUUUGGGUCAUAACAAAACAAAAUCCAUUGUGUUCCAUUGGCAACAAAAUGUCCUUUGCAGGAGGUGUGGGACUGUGACACUCGAUGCUCCCUGAUAGACAAGCGAGAUACCCAGGAGAAUUAGGCAUCUCCUGGGCUCAGCUCCUGGGAAAGUUGCCAAAUUAGGCAAGUCUGUGAAAUGAUGUCUUUUUUUCCUCCUCAAAGAGAAAAACAAAGAGACCAGAUUUUUCCCAGACUACCUCAAACGUAUCAGGAAACAGAGCCACAUUUAUCCAGGGAAAAAAGAAUCUUGUUAAUUGACCUUGGUAGAAUCAUCUUUUAUUUUUUCUUUCUUUCUGCUGGGAGCAACUGCUGUUUAAAAUGUCAUGGGAGAGCUUUUAGGAACAUUCCUUUAAUUCAUCCAGGCAAAGGACCACUUUCUUCACCAAGUAUUCAACUAGGGAGGAAGAGAAAGUACUGGCUACAUCUUUUAGUCUGUCCCUAAUCCCUGUAGACUCCAUAUCUGUCUGGGCUGUUCAGACUCCCAUGCCUACCUAGAGAUACUAGAAUAAGAGGAAAUGAGCAGAAACGGUAGGAUUUAGUAAACCUAAGGGAUUUAAGUUAGUCAUACAGAAGACAUUUCUAACCUGCAGAUAAUUUCUAUGAGACCUCUUCAAAAGCAAAGGAACAGAAAUCAAUUUCUUGCUAAUACACUUGAUACUUGAACAAUACGCGUUUGAACUGCAUGGGUCCACUUACACGUAAAUUUUUUUCAAUUAAUAGCUGAACUGUUUUCCAGCCACACUUUGGCAGUCUGUGGAUAUGGAGGGCAGACUGUAUGUGUUGAUCUAUGCCAUUUUAUGUAAGGGACUUAAGCAUCCACAGAUUUUGGUAUCUAUGGGGUGGUGAUGGUCUGGGAACCAAAACCCCACAGAUACCAAGGGGCAACUUACCUUUUGGGUAAUCAAAAGUUACAUGCAGAUUUUCAAGUGCAUGAGGUUUGGCAAACCCGCAUUGUUCAAGGAUCAACUAUAUAAGAAAGGGAAAGUGGGCCUUUAUUCUUCCCACUUUCUUGGGAAAUAUCCAUUCCUUUGUAGAAGAACAAAUGACCCUUCCUGUCUCACUUUCCCUUUCCAGCAUAUUCCCUGCCUGAGUCAUCAGCUCAGGCUUCUGAACCAUCUUUUCACUGCUGGGGGUUUACAUACAACUGCUAUAGCCUGGUCCAUGGAUGCAACCUCCCACCUAACCCCAGGUGGGAAAAUGGAGCUCCAGAUUAAAAUAUUUCAAAGAACCUGGUAAAUUGUAUUAAGCACAAGAACUUAUUAACACAACUUCUAGUCUCAAGAAAAGAAAAAAAUAUAUAGAGAUUUCUCAAAAGUAAGGUAAAGAUGACCUAGUUCCCAGUCCACCCAGUAGUUACACUUUUUCCUUGAGGGGAACAGGUCAGUCAGGAGGAGUCAAAAAAACUGAAACAGAUGUUAGAAGGCUUAUUCUGGAUCUUGCCACCACCCAUCAAGAGCCAAAGUAAGCUGUGGUCUCAAAUUCAAGGCAAAUUUCCUGGUAUCUAAGGGGAGGAAUUCACAUGAAUUGAACCCAGAGAGAGAGGGCGGUGGGUGGAGCCUCGAGGGGAAGAAGCCCACAGAUCCGCUCUUGGGAGGCAGGGGUGUGGCCUUCAUGUAACGGGCAGCAUAUUUUCAGACUCAUUCACAGGUACAGUUAAUAUUCACCGUGGAGGGCAGUGUCCCAUAUCUCCUUUGGAAUUAUCUAUCCAUUCAGCAGAAUGGUGCUACUGAAAAAUGGUGCUAAUACCUAGAUGGUGGCAGAACAAAUGUAAACAUAAUAAACAGAUGUACAGGUGGGCAAGUCCAUAGACAUCUUCUGUUAAGUGUGUAGUGGUGUUGCUGGCCAAUGCCAGUUCUACUGCUUGGAUCCCAGAAGCUUAAGAUUUUUAUAUUAUGUGCUUUUAUUGUUUUCUAAGUCAUCAAUGUAUAUUCUUCUGAUCCAUUUCUGUGGAAUAUAAAACACUGGGAUUGGGAGGAAGUUUAUGAUAGAACAGAAACAAGAGGGAAGUAGAAAUGUUUACCUAAAGCCAGGGAAUUUAUUUCUAGAUAAGAAUUACACUCUUGUAUUCUCUGUCUUCAAAUAUAAACAUUGUUGGCUGAUGACAAUCUCUGGUGAAAUAAUGGUUUGAGAGACAAGAUGCUUAAGUUGUUAGUGAAGGGGAACCUAAUUUUUUUCUAAUGAGGCAAUUCGCAGACUGUCUCUGAAGUAUCGUGUAGACUUUCAAAGGGAUUAAUUUAGUAAACUGGAUGGACUUAACCUGUACUGUACUAUCAUAGGGUUAUGCACAUCAUCAUGACCAGUCUUACAAAACUCAGGAACAGACUCAGCUUCCUACUGACCUCAGCAAACUAGGCCGGAUUUCCCAAUACACCAAAUGUUAUUUAUGACCCAUGUGGCUAAGAUGGUAGAAAUGUAGGGACGGCCUAGCCAGGUGCUCAUUCUAGGCCUUUCUCCAGUUUCUCAAAGGCAGAAUAUCGGCCUCUAGUCAUGCCUCAUAGACACGCACUUCCUGUAUUGAGGCUGUGUUGCGAGACAGUUGUGUGGGUUUGGACAGGUCGCUGUGCUUGUAAUAAGAGAGGGGCCUCCGAUGAACCAGGAGACUCUGACGGCAAGAACAUAGAUGGUGUCUUCACCAUUUCUUUGAUGCUCUAAGGAGCCAACAUGAAGCAGCAUUUUUUGGCUUAUUUCAUCUAUGUCCUCCUUCCUUGACAACUUGAACAAGCAAGUGAGAAGCACAGCAAGAGACACUGGAUACACAUUUGUCAUGAGCCAGAGAAGGCUGCCACAGGGCCUGGUGCUCAAACAAAUCAAGGAUCUCAAACCCAGUUUUGUUUACAUUGCCUUUCACAGGGGUAGAGUUCUCUCUUCCCUGAAAAGUUGUGGGUUAAUUUAAUUCUUGAACAUCGAAACAUAAUUCAACAACGUGAGAAAACAAUACUUCAAGAGACUAAACAGUGAGUACUUCUCUAAAAUAGGAAAUCAUUUUGUGAUACAAACACUUGCUUCUUUGUAGGAAUGACUUGCUUUCCAAUGGGUUUGCUUAAACAAGAGCGCACCUCUAGCCACUCCCUGGACAGACAAGUCCCCACGUAGUGGAUCAUCCCAAUGUGAUGCUUUCAGAUAUUUAGUGAAUGUUUUUGAUAACUUACAUCAAGUUGCAGAAACACAAGUUGAGGGGCUUAUCUUGUUUCACAUCACAAUUUCCCAAUCAAUUAGCUCAAAUCCUCCAAACUCUGAAAGCUACACAUUGCCACCCCAGAGAUUUCAGGUCUCAGUUCUUCUCCCCUCUGACUUGAAGAUGAAGUCCUGGUAUGCAGUGCAUGGUGAUUCACUUUCAAGAGAGAUCAAAUGAUGAACUGCCUGGUGCUACAACUUAGCCAAUGUAUUUGAUGCUACUCCUGGUUUUUGUAUUGCUAAUUCAAAUAUUAUUGUUAUUAGUAUUAUUAUUUUAAGUUAUAUUACUAAUAAAAAAAUACGGUUGGGGAAGCACUAUUCUACCUAUCAUUGCCCUCCAAAUUGGUUGUAUGAUUUGAUGUACAUGGCCCAACCCACUGCCCUCCCUGCAUCUCUGCUGCUUUGCCAGGCCCAGCCUCAAGGGGUGCCUCACUGGGUACUUCAGUAUUUAAA